CGGGGAGCGGCCGGGUGAGGGGUUUCCGGUGCGGACAGAGUGAGCUACGGGGUUACCCUGACAACGGAGAAAGCUUGCUGCCGAGGAGGCGGUGGCGGUGGCCUCCAGGACCUUCUGGCGGAGAUGUUUGCGCCGGGCCCGGAGUUGGGGAGGGAGGAGCUGGCCCCCUCCUGCCCGAACCCGCUCUUCCUGCAGUGGCUGGUGGAAUGGCGGGACACGGCGGCCGAGAGGCAGCACAAGUCGCAAAUCGUUUACGAGAAGGCCAUUCGCUCGCUGACUAUGUACCCACUGCCACUACACAGUGGGCGAGAAGCCAAGAUCCUCUACGGCUUUGGGGAUGGAAUUUGCAAUCGGCUGGAUGAGAAGCUGUCGGAAUACUACACUGAACACGGUACCAAUGCCCCCAUACACUACACGUAUAACCCGCUUCUGACAACCCAGGCCCAGUACAGGACAAAGCUGGGCUCACCAGCGAAGGUGCCAAGAUGCCGGGCGGCUGAGAGUGUGUCGGAGGAGGACGAUGCUGCAGAACCAAGGCCAUCUCCUUCGAAGAGGAGGAGGCCGGAAAACCGGGAGGAGCAGGAAUACAAACCGCAGAAGCGAUCGGGAGGCUAUGCGCUCUUACUGACCUUCUACCGAGAGGCCAAGAAGCCAAACUACCGGGGCUUUAUGACGAAGGCGGAACUGCAGAGAAAGGCCCAGCCCCUGUGCAGGAUAUCGUUCACUCACUUUAAAGCCAGUUACCGGUACAAUGCGUGGUCGGCCAUCAGCGCUUUAAUCCAGAAGGAUCUCGUGAUAAAGACUGGUUUCCCGGCCAGGUUCACUCUGACCGAGAAAGGGAUGAAACUAGGUGAGAAACUGAACGUGGAGCAUUUGGAGGAAGAGAGGAUGGAGGAAGCACAGCCGGGGAGGACUGGAGAAGCAGUGCCUGGGCCCGCGGAGGAGGUUGAAGAUCACCUCCCGGCAUUUACGACCGCAGGGUCUUGCAGCCAGCCGCCGCUGUUCCAGCCCCCAUGCGGUGAAGACCCCAGCAGCGCAGACUCACUGGCCGGGAGUCGGGAAGCUGUGGACUCCCAGCGCGCCAGCUCAGACAGUGGAGCCCACGGCCCGGAGCCUCCCUUCACGCACAUCCCUGAGUUCACCUUCCGCCCUGGGGAGUUUGAUGUCGUCCUCUGCAUCGAUUUUAUUGAGACCACGGCUGGAGCGAGCCACAGGAAGCGGGAGCUGGUAACCGAACUGAAGAGGAGCCAGAUCGAGUUCGACGUCCGCAAGCUUCACGUGGGGGAUUUCCUCUGGGUUGCCCGCGAGAGGGUGCAGCACCAGCCAGGGCAGCCGCAGACCCCCCGGGCCCGGGAACUGGUGCUCGAAUACGUGGUGGAGAGGAAGAGGAUGGACGACCUGUGCGGCAGCAUCGUGGACGGACGCUUCCGGGAGCAAAAAUUUCGAAUGAAGCGCUGUGGGCUGCGGAAUCGAAUCUACCUGGUGGAGGACUGCAGCUUUGUCAAACACCUCAGCCUGCCAGAGAGCACAUUGCAGCAGGCCAUUGUCAACACACAGGUUGUCGAUGGAUUUUUUGUUAAGCGGACCAAAGACGUAAAGGAAUCGGCAGCCUACCUCACGAUCAUGACCAGAUUCCUGCAGAAUCUCUACCUGCAAAAGACGCUAUUGAGUUGCAGGAAAGAGGAACUGGCUGCAUGUAGCAGGAAGGAUACCGACUCUGACACCCGUGUUCUCCUGACCUUCAGCGAUUUCAACGAAGGAGCCAUGAAAAACAGGGCACAGACUGUGAAGGAGGUAUUUGCAAAGCAGUUGAUGCAAAUCAACGGCAUCAGUGGAGAAAAAGCAGUCGCCAUCCUCCGCCACUAUGAUUCGGUGGCCAGCCUGAUGAAAGCCUAUGAGGAGUGUCCAACUGCCGGAGGGAGGGAGAAGUUGCUGUCUAACAUCAAGUGUGGCAACACACAACGAAACCUGGGCCCCGCGCUCAGCAAGACCGUGUCUCAGCUGUACUGCACCGAAGGGCCUCUGUGCUGAGCGCGCUCGCUCGACAUCCCAGCCAACCCCGGCCGGCCAAAAGCGGGAGCCCAGUCCGGACGCUCGGGAAACAUCCACAGGCCCCGGUGCUGCUCUCGGCCAGGUCCCUUCUUCCCCCUUCCUUCCAUCUAGCCGCCUGACCGAUGACCUUGGGUCUGCGGACGAUCCACUCCCGCGUCACUUCACCGCCGUUCCCGGACCGGACCGGACCCCGAGGGAGUGGGGGGGUG